UUUGUUUGGGCUUGUAGUGUUUAUUCAAAGCUCGCUGAGGCAUUGGGUUUUCGCUAUGCCCCCGAUCUCCACUUAAAACCGUAGCUUGUCGCUCCUCAAUCCUCACCGAUCUCCACCGUCUCAAUAUCUUUGGAAUCGCAAAACCCCCCCAUUUUAUCAACUAUGAAACUUAAACACGUCCAUCUUAGGACCCUCCUUUCCUUUUCACCUUCUCCUCCUUCUCCAUCUCUAUAUUCAUUCUCAAUCUUCAUUUCUCAUUUCUCCACUUCCCAUAACCAGCCUUUACAUUCCUAUUCUUUGUCGUGGCGCCAUGAGGAGGUUUCACGGCACGUAAAGGUUUCGGUUUGGUGGGAUUUUGAGAACUGCAAUCCUCCUGUAGGUUUCAAUGUGUAUAAGAUUGCUCAUAUGAUCACUUCCGCUGUCAGGGCCAAUGGAAUUAAGGGUCCUGUUCAGAUAACUGCUUUUGGAGAUAUUUUGCAACUCUCUAGAACAAACCAGGAGGCGCUUUCUUCUACCGGGGUUAAUCUUGCUCACGUUCCCCAGGGUGGAAAAAACAGUGCUGAUAGAUCACUUCUGGUUGAUCUUUUGUAUUGGGUUUCUCAAAAUCCUCCUCCAGCCCAUCUUUUUUUAAUCUCUGGUGACAGGGACUUUGCCAGCGUAUUGCAUAGAUUACGGAUGAGCAACUACAAUAUUCUGCUUGCUACAUCAGAUUCAGCUCCUAGUGUUCUUUGCGGUGCUGCCAGUAUCAUGUGGAAUUGGAAUGCACUGCUCAAAGGAGAGAACCUGACUGGAAAGCACUAUAACCAUCCUCCUGAUGGUCCUUAUGGUUCUUGGUAUGGCCAUUGCAAGGGGCCUCUUGAUGAUCCAUUUUUAGUUGAACAACCAGCAUGUACACAAACUGAAGAAUUUUCUGAGAGUUGUUCAGAUUCUGUGCCUCGAACAGUUCCAAAGGCAGUCAUAAAGCAUAUACGACAGAUUUUGAACUCAUACCCAAAUGGAAUUUCUAUAAUGGACCUUCGUUCUGAGCUGAAGAAAAGUAAUGUUAGCCUUGAUAAAAACUUCUAUGGGUAUAAAAAGUUCUCCUGCUUUCUUUCGUCCAUGCCACACAUUUUGAGGCUUCAGUCAGAACGUGAUGGUAAUUAUCUUAUACAUGGAAUUUUCCCGAAAGCUGGUGAACCAUCUAAGACUAGUCCUUGUUUAUCUACCAGACCUGUCUGUAGAACUGGAGAUGAGCUCACUGUUUCUUCUAGGUCGAGUGGUGAUGGCAGGAGAGUAGAUAGUGGUUUAAAUGAAAAGUCCAGGUUGCAUCAUUUCCCUGAGGUUAAUUCGGAAGUUGCUCCUGGAAAGAUACAACAAACCCCUUCAGCAAAUGGUAAUCUUGUUAAAGUAAAUGCAGAGAAGCCACAGGAGGAAGUCCAACAGCCCCUUCCAGUUGAUCAGAAGACUACUGAAGCAUCUAAUGAUCAGGUACCUGAGAGUCUUCAUAAUCAUGUACUGGAACAAGAUUCUGCAUCUAAAGGUAGCUUCAUAAGGAAGGUUUGGCAAAGAUGGUUUGGUGGUAGUGAUUACACACGUGCAGGAAAAGAUCAUGACAAUCUUGCGGGAAAAGAUUAUCACCUUCCAGGAAAGCCUGGUGAUUCUGCAGAUAUCACUGAGAAACAAAAUAACAAUCCUCUGAAAAAAUGCAUUGAGGUCAGCUCUGAUAGGGAAGGAAUGAAGGUAGAAUGUGAGGAGAAGUCACAUGUAGUUCCAUAUUCCUUAACCAUUUCUUCAUCAAGUAAUGACUCGACUUUUGACACUAAAGCAACUGAUGAAGCAAGUGAAAAUCCCUCCGGGAAGAGGGCAGGUUUAUUUAACUGGAUUGCCAGCCGGUGUAAGUUUUGGAGAAGUAGCAAAGACUCUGGGGUAUCAAGUGAUCAAUCCUAUGAAAAGCUAAACCAAACAAACACGAACAUUUUAAAGCAUGAGGUUUUUAAACAAGGAUCCUUCUGGGAAGACAUGGAAAUCUUAAUAGACUCAAUUAGGGGAUCACUUUUUGUCACACAGUCUAGGACCAGGGAAGAGAUGGCUGAAAAUCUGCUGAAGGAAGGGCCAUUUGUUCUUAGAUCUCUCAGUAAUACCGAUCUUCUUCAUUUGGUCGAUUUGUUAAUAUCUGAUAAGAAAUGGAUAGAAGAAUGCCCCUCCCAAGCAUCACCUUUCAAGAUCACUAAGGCUGCUGGGAAGAGUCCCAGUUUGGGUCAUUCUCAUGCUUCAAAUGGGUUGAGAUCGAUCUUUAUGCGCACUCCAUCGCAGGCAAACUUGCAGACAGAACAUGAAGGAGAGAAAAAGUUGCAGAAUAUUCCUCAUUCUGGGGUUUCAUCUACCAUCCUUGAUAAGAACUCUUCAGAUCGUUCUAGAUUUCAAGUAUUGUCCGACUGUCAAAAUCUUGUGAAAGAUAUACUAAAGGAACACCCUGAAGGACAUAAUGUGGCCAACUUCAGAAAACUGUUCCUUGAGAGGUACGGUUAUCCUCUUGAUAUACAAAGGCUUGGUUGCAAAAAGUUAGUAUCUGUGCUAAAGAACGUGCCUGGAAUUAAAAUAGAGUCCACCUACAUACUUCCUGCAAACAUUCAAGAAAAUGCCAGCCAUGCAUUAGGUGAAUUGCCUGAUGAUGCAACAACAAAAGGUGAUGCUUUAGACACAACAUGGGAUGAACUAGGACCUGUGUCCAACACGACUUCAACCAGAAACGAAUCGCAAUCAGGAUUAGGGAGCAAAAGAAUGGGCACAAAGGCAACAUAUCCCGACUGUCCUCUCUCAGAUGAUGAAUUUUCUGAUUCCGAAAGGGAAAUCUCCAGUGCAGAGCGAUCUGGGCUACAACAGAAGCCUGGAGUAGAUGAGGAAGACAGCUCUUUGCUGCAAAUCCUUGAUUCAUGGUACAGUAGUAAGGAAGGUAAGGAUAAAACAGAUAAUUCAGAGAACUCUGAGGGUUUGGUCGAUUGUUCUGAAUAUGAUGUCAAGCCGUCUGGUGCUGCUGGAGAAAGCACGAAGACCGGAAAAUGUUUGGAGGGCUAUGGAAAGAAGCAAAGGAUGCAAAAGAAGUAUUCUUUUGUUGCAGACCCAGUGGGGAAUGACAGAGAUAAGUUGAUUAAUGUAAUGUUAGGUAGUUUGAAAAAAAUAAGUGAGUCGAGAAUGAAGGCGUGAAUGGUUAUGGCUGGUUUUGACGGUAUCAAUCUUCAUGUAUUUUGCUAUUAUUUCUUACUUGUGUUAGCUUUCAUACUACAUUCUAGCUAUAGUGGAAAUUUUUGGGCCUACAA